AUGUCUCAACGUGAUCGAAAUAUCUGUAGAUGGUUAGAAGAGAGUGACUCAGAUGCUGAGGAUCAAAGGGACGAGCCGGAAUUGCCAAAUGAAGACUGCAGUGACGUAGAAGAUGUACCUUUAGACCACGUGAUUGAAAGUGAGUGUCAAUCAGACUCUGAAAUUGAUGUUGACGAGUUAUGUGAAAAUAAUGAUGAUGGUGAUGUGCCAGUUGAUGAUCAAUCUUCAGAUGACGAUGUUCCAUUGGCAAGAUACCGGAACUAUUUCGGAAAAAAUCGGUUCCGUUGGUCGAGCCAACCUCCAGUUUCGCGAUCGAGGACUUUGCAACACAACAUCAUUCAUCAACCUCCAGGAUUGAAAAGGAACUUCAGAGAUGUUUUGAACAGAAAUACAAAACCAUCCGAUAUUUGGCAGUUAUUUUUCAUUGAUGAUAUGUUAGAAGAAAUUGUUAAGUAUACAAACGAAAAAAUUAUCAAGAUAAGACCAAACUAUCAAAAUCAGACAUGUGUUCAUGACCUCGACGUAAUGGAGCUAAAAGCUUUGAUCGGUAUGUUGUACUAUACCGCAAUUUUCAAAGAAAACCACACACAUUACACAUGUUGGUACAGCACAGAUGGCACAGGAAGAGAGAUUUAUCGUUGUAUAAUGAGCAAGAACAGGUUUGAAAUACUGCUGAAUUGCCUUCGAUUUGAUGAUGCGAGCACCAGAGAUGAACGCCGUAGCACUGACAAAGCUGCACCUAUAUCUCAGCUGUUUGGUAAGCUGAUACAAAACUGCAAAGAAGUUUGUUCAAUUGGCAGUUACGCUUGUAUUGACGAGAUGUUGGUGGUUUUCCGUGGGAGAUGCGGCUUCAAAAUGUACAUGCCGAAAAAACCCAACAAAUAUGGAUUAAAAAUUAUGUGCAUGACUGACGCCAGAAAUGGAUAUCUUGUUGAUGGCUACAUAUACUUGGGAAAAGACUCAGAUAGCCAAGGCUUGCCCGAUGAAUACCAACGACUGAACAAACCCACGCAAUCAGUUUUGCGACUGAUUGCAUCGAUUGAAGGAACCCACAGAAAUGUUACGACUGAUAACUGGUUUACUUCAGUAGAGCUAAUGAAAAUCCUGAAGCAAAAACAGCUGACACUUGUAGGGACCCUUAAAAAAAAUAAAAGGGAAGUACCUCCCCAAUUUCUACCUAGCCGUCACCGAGACGUUGGCUCUUCGAUUUUUGGAUUUACGUCAGAUGCAACAUUGGUGUCUUAUGUACCAAAGCAAAAUAAAUCCGUGCUUGUUCUCUCCAGCAUGCAUCACAUGCCAACCAUUGAUCCACAAAAACAAAAGCCAGAAAUGAUCACUUUCUAUAAUAGCACCAAAGGAGGCGUCGAUACAUUAGAUCAGAAAUGUGCCAUUUAUUCAACUUCUCGACGCACACAGCGCUGGCCAAUGGCAGUGUUCUACAGAAUGCUGGAUGUAUCUGCGGCAAAUUCAUACAUCAUCAGCAACAUGAAUCAAGCUCAGAGAAAGGUGCCCAGACUGAAUUUCAUGAAACAACUGGCUAAAGAACUUAUCGAACCUCAUUUGAGACGCCGAGUGAACCAGUUUGGAUUGCAGAGGGAUCUUCAGAAUGCUAUUCGCCGGGUUCUCAAAAUAGAUGAAGAACCAAGAUCAUUUUCGGCAGGCAGCUCUGAUAAAUUAGAAACACGCAAAACUUGCUCAACGUGUGACCCAAAAAAAAAACGUAAAACAUUCCAUUUGUGUUUUCAGUGCAAAAAUCCAAUUUGCGUUGAAUGUUCUCAAAAAAUGUGUAUAAGCUGCCGCGACAAAUUGUAA